UUCCAUUUCUGGACAAUGUCGCCCUCUGCCGGUCAAACGCACAAAUCUACCGUUACCAUGCCUAGUCGGUUCGACUGUAAAGUUCUGUCGUCUCAUCGUUGUGGCGCAAAACAGGACGUUUCAGCUUACUUUCUAAGACGUUCGUGCCCAAACAGCAUCAGGAUGUCCAGGCGAACCGGCUGGAGGAACGUUCCCAGCGACACGGUGAGCUCCCAUCAGGACCAAGCCCUCGGCUCCACCGUAUUCCUUCUGCGGUCCUUCGGCCCGACCGCCUUCCUGCUCAGGGAGGACGGAGAGACGGCCACCUUUAAGGUGUGCUUGGGCGAGCGGCAUACGUGCACCUGUCCGACGUUCGCCAGGGAGCAGCAGCCGUGCAAACACAUCUGCUGGCUUUUACUGAGGAAAUUCCGGCUACCCAGAGAGCACCAGUAUGCCUUUCAGGCGGGGCUGUCGGAGCGCCAGCUGCUGGAGGUUCUCCAGGGUUCACACCAGGCUACAGCCUCUGCUGCUGAGACCCCCCACCAGAGCCUUCCAGGACAAGAGACCGGAAUCAUCUGCCGGAAAGAGAUUCAGAACCGGGACGUGUGUCCCAUCUGUCUGGAGGGGCUGCUGCAGAAAAAACAGCCUGUGUGUUACUGCAGGUACGGCUGCGGUAACAGCGUCCACAUCUCCUGCAUGAAGGUGUGGGCUGACCACCAGGGCCUGUCGGAUGGCCGGGAGAUGCUGCGAUGCCCCCUGUGCAGGGAGUGCUUCAGCUCCCUGCAGCUGCUCCAGGAGCAGGCAAAGAACGCGGCCCGGCUCUUCACGGCUGCUGAGAGGGAGCGAGCAGAGAGACACCUGGGAGUGGUCUGCUGCAGCUGCAGAGUGGGCCCGGUCACCGGGACCUGCUACAGAUGCUGCCUCUGCAGCUCUCUGUAUCUCUGUGAGACCUGCGCAACGCAAGGCAGCCACUCGCAGCAUCCUCUUGCUACGAGAAAGACCAGAAAAGAAGAGUGGACUCCUGCGUCUGCGGGCUCCUCCUUGGAUCCAGAGCCACAGGAUGGAAGCGCUCCGGCGGAGCCUCCUGCGGAGGUCGUGUUGGAGCGUGUCCCCGCGGCCGUGGUGAGGCGCGGCUCUCGGCUGCUGGAUGAGGGGAUGCAGUGUCGGAUCUGCCUGCGGGGAUUCGGUCUGGGUCAGCGGCUCCGAACUCUUCCCUGUCAACACAAGUUUCACGUGGACUGCGUGGACCAGAUCCUCCUGAGGUCACGCUCCUGUCCCCUAGACGGAUAUGUCAUCUACUGUCAGAGACCGACGGACAGGAAGAGCUCUCCCGAGGUCGCCUCCGUCCCGCAGCAGGAAGACUGCCUGAAAGACCUGUUUGUCCCUGGGAUAGCGCUACUCGCUCAAAAUACCAAACCCUCUCCUGCGUGUGGAGCUCCUAACUCGGAGGUGCCGAUGGACGCCUCGUCUUUUAGUCGUCUAGCGCCGAAUACCCGCAAAAAGACCCGAGGCGGCAUGGCCGCCGGGAAAGCCAAAAUGCAUCCGAAAGAUGCGGACGAGGAGACCGUUAGAGACGCGACGGGAGACGGCUUGGAGCUGAGAAUGACCGGAUUUUCCAUAAACAAACAAUAAUAGCAGACGAGGAUGUCUGCAUUUUUCACUCGAUGCGUUCUAAUCUAAUUAUUAAAUCAGUCAAAAUCA